AAGCUGGUCAAUCACUUUGUGAAACUUAUGUCGUCUGAAUUCGAGAUGAGUCUCGUGGGUAAACUUUCGUACUUUCUUGGACUUCAGGUAAAGCAAGGUAAAGAUGGUAUUUUCUUGCAUCGGAGUAAGUAUGCAAAAAACCUUGUUAAAAA